AUGGAAAAACUGUUUGCAAAACAAGAAAAAGUGAUCAAUGAGAAAAUGGAUGAAAUGAUGACGAUGAUCAAGAAUGUCGAAGAGAAAGUAGGAGAAAUGAGGAAAGACAUCGAAGUGAUUCAAGGGGAUUCGGCAGCGCUAAGAAAAGAGUUGGAAGACUUGAAAAUAACAGUGGAGUGUGAGCGGCAGUAUGCAAGAUCGAGGAACAUCAUCAUUUCAGGUAUACCCUUCAAAAAAAAUGAAGAUCUAGCUCAAAGCAUCACUACUUUACUGGGAAAAAUGGAAAUAGAUAUAAGAACGCAAGAUAUCUCAACUCACCGAUUGCCAGCAAAAAAUGAAAACCAUAGUCCUGCUAUUCUGCAACUAAACUCGAGAGCGGUCAGGGAUAGAAUCAUCAAAGCAGCAAGGAAACGUAAGCCGGAUACUGGAUUAAUUAACCCUGAUCUUCCCAAGAAGGCAAUAUACUUCAAUGAUCACCUGACGCCCUAUUUCAACACACUGAUGAUGAAGGUAAAGGAGAUUAGUAAAAAGAAAAAUUAUAAAUAUGUUUGGAUGAACGGUGACAGAAUCAUGGUCAGAAAGGAUGAACUUUCCAUAGGUAUUAGGAUUAUAAAGCUAGAAGAUUUAGAUAAAAUGAUUUAA